AUGGAACUGUGCGAACGGGAUUUGAAAAAUUUCUUACUGAGAAACCGUGAUGCGUUGAUGGGACAACAUGCAAAAGAGAGCGAGGAGGACGGAGGAGGUGAAAGGGUAGAACUGCCCAAAGACUAUUACCUGGUUCCAGUGGACGAUAUGUUGAAGGUCGAGCAAAAUGGCAAACAUGAGUCAUCGUUGGGUUCGUCAGGCUACAUAUCGCUACGCAAAAAUGGUGUCGAACUGCUAGCAUUUGCUUAUCAAAUUGCAAAUGGUAUGGAAUAUCUUGCUUCCAAAAUGUGCGUGCACCGUGAUCUGGCUGCACGGAAUAUCCUGCUAACCCGGCGACACAUUGUUCGCAUAGCUGACUUUGGCCUGGCACGUCAGUGUGAGGAACAAACCAGCUAUCAAGUCCGAACUUUCAGCCUUCCAUUACCUUACAAGUCAAUGGCUCCCGAAUGCAUCUCCGAGCUCCACUUCACCGAAAAGUCGGAUAUCUGGUCUUACGGCAUUCUGCUCUGGGAAAUAUUUUCGUUUGGUGAGGACCCGUACAAAAAUUUCGACGACAUCGAGAAGCUGACAAAAUUUCAUGAAAGUGGUGGACGGCUGACAAAACCGGAACAUGCGCCGGAGAAAAUGUAUAAGUUGGAGCUUUCCACAACCAUUUAUAUGUUGAUUCAAUUUCACUUAAAUGCUGAAUUAAUGUCGGAAUGCUGGAACAUUAAGCCAGAAGAGAGGCCGAAUUUCACGAAGUGCCGCAAAGAUACCGAAGAGUUGCUGAAAUCCAGCUGCGCAGAACUGUACGAGCAACUGCAGAGUCAGCUAACCAAUGAAAUGAACGAAAUGAAGCGGUAUGCACAGUGGCGUGAUGGCCGGGCCUAUUCGAGUCGUGUGAAGAAAUCUCCCAAACUUAGCAGUGAUACAGUUACCACUUCUAUCUGA